GUGCCAGGCCCUGGUGGCUCCGGACUCUCCUUCCUGGUCCUGCGGGGCAGGGACUGUCCGUGGGGCUGCGGGAGGGCCAGGUGCCCCCGGUCUGGUCGCAUGGCCCUGGUCACCGUAAGCCGCUCGCCCCCGGCCGGCGGCCACUCCACGCCUGUGGGGCCCACGCAGGACCAGGUGUCCCAGCGCAGAAGCCGGCUCCAGCGAAGGCAGAGCUUUGCAGUACUCCGCGGGGCUGUCCUGGGACUGCAGGAUGGAGGCGAUGAUGGAGAUGCAGCCAAGGCCAGCUCUGAGCAAGUGGAGGAACCCCCCGGGGAGGAGCAGCCCCACGGGGACCAGACAGACGACGGGCAUGGGCCCCAGAGUCUCAGGAAGCAGGAACAGAGUCAACACCUGCGCCUCAUGGUGGGGCUGCUAAGGCCACAAGACGACAUCCGCCUGGCAGCCCAGCUGGAGGCGGCCCGGCCCGCCAGGCUCCGCUACCUGCUGGUAGUUUCCACAAGAGAACGUCUGAGCCAGGAUGAGACAGUCCUUCUGGGCGUGGAUUUCCCUGAAAGCAGCUCCCCCAGCUGCACCCUAGGCCUGGUCUUGCCUCUCUGGAGUGACACCCAGGUGUACCUAGAUGGAGAUGGGGGCUUCAGUGUGACAUCUGGUGGGCAGAGUCGAAUCUUCAAGCCAGUCUGCAUCCAGACCAUGUGGGCCACGCUCCAGGUGCUGCACCAGGCAUGUGAGGCGGCUCUGGGCAGUGGUCUUGUGCCAGGGGGCAGUGCCCUCGCCUGGGCCAGCCACUACCAGGACAGACUGAGCUCUGGCCAGAGCUGCCUCAACGAGUGGACGGCCAUGGCUGACCUGGAGUCCCCGCGGCCUCCCAGCAUCGAGCCCGGCCGGCCCUCGGGACAGGAGCAGAUGGAGCAGGCGAUCCGGGCUGAGCUGUGGGAGGUGUUGGACUCCAGUGACCUGGAGAGCAUCACUUCCAAAGAGAUCCGCCAGGCCCUGGAGCUGCGCCUGGGAUGCCCUCUCCAACAAUACCGCGACUUCAUCGACAACCAGAUGCUGCUCCUCAUGGCCCAGCAAGACCGGGCGUCCCGCAUCUUCCCCCACCUCUACCUGGGCUCAGAGUGGAACGCAGCGAACCUGGAGGAGCUGCAGAGAAACAGGGUGAGCCACAUCCUGAACAUGGCCCGCGAGAUUGACAACUUCUACCCCGAGCGCUUCACCUACCACAACGUGCGCCUCUGGGAUGAGGAGUCGGCCCAGCUGCUGCCCCACUGGAAGGAGACACACCGCUUCGUGGAGGCUGCAAGAGCGCAGGGCACCCGGGUGCUGGUCCACUGUAAGAUGGGCGUCAGCCGCUCGGCCGCCACGGUGAUCGCCUACGCCAUGAAGCAGUAUGGCUGGAGCCUGGAGCAGGCUCUGCGCCACGUGCAGGAGCUGCGGCCCAUCGCUCGCCCCAACCCCGGCUUCCUGCGCCAGCUGCAGACCUACCAGGGCAUCCUGACUGCUAGCCGGCAGAGCCAUGUCUGGGAGCAGAAAGUGGGUGGGGCCUCCCCAGAGGAGCACCUGGCCCCCGAGGUCUCUACACCGUUCCCACCUCUUCAGCCAGAACCCGGGGGCAGUGGGGAGCUGAAUGUGGUGGGGUUGGAGGAAAUCCAGGCAGCCUCAAAAGAAGAGCCUGGGUCACGGCCCCGUAUCAACCUCCGCGGGGUUAUGAGGUCCAUCAGCCUCCUGGAGCCAUCCUCAGAGCUGGAAAGCACCUCGGGGGACAGUGACCUGCCAGAGGUUUUCUCUCCAAAGGAGUUUUCAGAUGAAGACCCUCCACAGCCCUUCCCUCAGCUCUCAAGCGCCGAGGGAGGCCAGCAGGCCCGCAAGGGGCCUUGGCCUGCCCUUAAGUCCCGCCAGUCUGUGGUUGCCCUCAACAGCGCCGCCCUGGUGGCCAGCCGGACCCGGGCCUUCCAGGAGCAGCGGAAGGCUGGCUGUCCAUCCACACCCAGGCACCCGAAGGUCGUGAGGCAGCCCAGCGUGGACGACAGUGGCGAGGAGGGCGAGGUGUGAGCCCACACACAUUCCCAUGCCCCCCUAGACACAAACAGAGGCACCGGAACACAGCUUCUGGGAUGAGCACCCCUCACUCCUGUCGGCCUGUCCACGUUCCUCUUAGCUCCUCCCCAGGAGGCCCCAGACUCCCGUCACUACAGCCUCAGCACCUACAGCCUUAAGUCUCAGACCCAUGUCCCCCUGUCCAAGGGCUCAAGAUUUCCUCCACAUUUGGGGAUGUGGUAGAGAGACUGAAGGUGCCUUUGGGGGCAACAGUACCGUAGCUUCAUUCUCAACUGCUGCCUGAAACACACACUUGCAGCCAUGGAAUAAAAAACAAGAGUUUCUCAGUGCAGAAAGGCUCAUGCUCCCUCCCUCCCCUACUCCUGUCUGCCUCAUCCCCCCGACCCCAUUUCACUCCUGGGGCUCUGCAGAGAACCAGUGGCCCCCAAAGGCCAAGAGUAACUUCAGUCCCCAAACCUGGGAGUUUCUGAGGAGUGGGGAGCCAGAGCCCUCUGGCGGAGCUGGCUGGUCAGCCUCCCUCACACCCCCCAUAAGCAGCCUGAGUCUCCGCUGCUGCCCCCAGCACCCUCCGCCUGCACUGCACUGGAGCACAGGGCACUAUGCCAAAGAGAGCCUUCUUUCUGAGCUUCACGGCCUCUGGCCAGUUUUUCAUAGUCUUAAUAGUGUCUGGCUUUGUACUUAGAAAGAAAAAACAUUUUCAUAUUGUUUUAAUUUUAUGAUAAAGCUUGUCGGUCCACUCUUUCUCUGGUUGCACAAGGAGUGUGGCCUCUCCUUACCCCUUCCAUUCUCUUCACAGUUCCCAGGUAUCU